CGGCGGCCGGGAGGCCCGACUCCGCCCCCUGUGCGCAUGCUCCGGCCCCCGGCGGGUUAUAAGGCGGCCUCGCGGGCCCGGCCCGACAAAGUGCUGGCGAGCUGCGACGUGACGAGCCGGCCGCGUGGGUGUCCGGGCGGGCGACAGAGACAGCCGGCGAGGGACGCCACCUGGACCCUGGGCCCCGCGGAACUCCGGCCGCGCCGCCGCGUCACGCUCACGCUCGGCGUCGCGAGCAGCGCAUAACGAGGUUUUAACCAGGGAUCUGCAGAUUGAUACUCCAUGUUGGAUGGAAUUCACGGAGCCUCUGAACUUGGUUGGGGAAAAAAGUUACAUCUUUUUGUUAACCUCUAAUUUCUGAAUUGAUCUUGAAGACAGGUGUCCUAAAGCAUUGGUGCCUCUUAUAUUUGGAUUUGAACUGCAUUUUGGGAUUUAUCUACACUUGCAAUGCCACCGGCAGUUGGAGGUCCAGUUGGAUACACCCCCCCAGAUGGAGGCUGGGGAUGGGCAGUGGUAGUUGGAGCUUUCAUUUCCAUUGGCUUCUCCUAUGCGUUUCCCAAAUCUAUUACUGUGUUCUUCAAAGAAAUUGAAGGUAUAUUCAAUGCCACCACCAGUGAAGUGUCAUGGAUAUCAUCCAUCAUGUUGGCUGUCAUGUAUGGUGGAGGUCCUAUCAGCAGUAUCCUGGUGAAUAAAUAUGGCAGUCGUCCAAUCAUGAUUCUUGGCGGCUGCCUGUCAGGCUGUGGCUUGAUCGCAGCUUCCUUCUGUAACACUGUGCAGGAACUUUACUUCUGUGUCGGAGUCAUUGGAGGUCUUGGGCUUGCUUUCAACUUGAAUCCAGCUUUAACCAUGAUUGGCAAGUACUUCUACAAGAGGCGACCGUUGGCAAAUGGACUGGCCAUGGCAGGCAGCCCUGUGUUCCUCUCUACCCUGGCCCCACUCAAUCAGGCUUUCUUUGGUAUCUAUGGCUGGAGAGGAAGCUUCCUAAUUCUUGGGGGCUUACUGUUAAACUGCUGUGUGGCUGGAGCUCUGAUGAGACCAAUAGGGCCCAAGCCAACCACUGCAGGGAAAUAUAAGUCUAAAGAAUCCCUUCAGGAAGCUGCAAAAUAUGACACAAAAAAGGGGGCAAGUGAUGCAAAUACAGAUCUCAUUGGAGGAAACCCCAAAGAAGAGAAAAGAUCAGUCUUACAAACACUUAAUAAAUUCCUGGACUUAUCCCUGUUCAAGCACAGAGGCUUUUUGCUCUACCUGUCUGGAAACGUACUCAUGUUUUUUGGACUGUUUACACCUUUGGUCUUUCUUAGUAAUUAUGGCAAGAGUCGGCAUUACUCCAGUGAGAAGUCUGCCUUCCUUCUUUCCAUUCUGGCUUUUGUUGACAUGGUAGCCAGACCUUCUAUGGGACUUGUAGCCAACACAAAGUGGAUAAGACCUCGAGUUCAAUAUUUUUUCGCUGCUUCUAUUAUUGCAAAUGGAGUAUGUCAUUUGGUAGCACCUUUAUCCUCUAGCUAUAUAGGGUUCUGUGUCUACGCGGGAUUCUUUGGAUUUGCAUUUGGGUGGCUCAGCUCAGUAUUGUUUGAAACGCUGAUGGACCUCGUUGGACCGCAGAGGUUCUCUAGUGCUGUGGGGUUGGUGACCAUUGUGGAGUGCUGUCCUGUUCUCCUGGGGCCACCGCUUUUAGGUCGUCUCAAUGACAUAUAUGGAGACUACAAAUACACAUACUGGGUAUGCGGCAUAAUCCUUAUUUUCUCGGGCAUCUAUCUUUUCAUUGGCAUGGGCAUCAACUACCGACUUCUUGCAAAAGAACAGAAAGCCGAGAGACAGCAGAAAAAGGAAAGUAAAGAGGAGGAGGCCAGUAUAGAUGUUGCUGAGAAGCCAAAAGAAGUUACUGAUGCAGCAGAAUCUCCAGAGAAUAAAGGCAUCGAAGGAGGCCCCAAAGAGGAGGAGAGUCCAGUUUGAACCUGUGGGACUGAAGGGUAAAUGGAGCAGCUCAUGACCCAAAAUAUUCUGUUGGCCUGUGACCUACCAGGGGUGCUCAGUGCAAAUACUGGACUUUUCUGUGGGAAUCACACCGGGGUUCAUUGAUGGAAUGUUUGUUUCACUCCUUACCAGUAGCCUGGGUUAAAAUGCCAUAAUCUUUGGGGAGGGAGUGGUUGAAAAAGAGAGAAGGAAGUUUGUUUGUGUGUUUGUUUUGUUUGUUUAAAUCUUUGCUUAUAACAGUGUCAUGAUGGUUAUAAUAUGUGCCUUAAGUUUUAGUCUUUAGGGAGCCUUAACUUUUAAAACCAUUCUGCUUAUUUCAUCCAUUUUAAGUGUUCCGUUACAAGGAAGAAUAACACCUAGUUUGAGGCAAAUCUAAAAUUAAGUUUUAGCUUCAUUGUUAUUUGUAAUAUAUUGUCAGACAUUAUCACUAGAAAAUUUGAAAGUUGCAGUUUUAUAAAAUCCAGCCUAAAGUAUUUUCCUAGCAUCAUUAGUUGCCUGGCAUAUGUGCCUGCUAGAUAUAUAUUUAGGAAAUUUAAGGCAUAAAACUUUGCAAACAUCUUGGCUGUUCCAGAUGCAUUGUACUCAUCAACACCCCUCCAGUAUCUUUUCUUGGGUUGCUUAUUAGAAGCCAAGUGCUUAAGAGUUGACCUUAUUAAAUUACAAUUUUUGCUCCCCUUUCCAAAGACACAUUUUGAGUGGUCAUAGAUCAUUGCCCCUUUUGAGAUCACAUAGUAUUGUUUUUCUCACUGUAAAAUUAGUAUUAAAAUACACAAAACUAUGUAUUUGUGCCUCCUCAGUAAAUUAAACGUAGACAGAUGUUUCAAACAACAGCUGAAUUCAGCUUAAGUGUUUCCAAAACUUCCGUUAAACUGUGAGACUUGGAAUACUUUUUUGUUGUUGUUUUUUUGUAGAAUUUUCCCCCUUUGAUUCAUAGUGGUUCCAUUUAUAGCCACAUCUAGCUUAGCACUGUGUGUGAGAUACUCCGUCUUUGUGUGUUCAGUUUUUUGGGGGUUUUUUUAAUGUUUGCUAAUUAAAGAGAGCCACAGAGAUUUGGCCCACACAAGCCAAUAAGGGUAAGAUUGGGAGAGAAGUUGCUAUGUUUGCUUAUCAAUAAGUAACUCCUUUUCUUUUUCUGAUAAGGCCUUAAAGAAAAUUUAUGUUUUGCUUAGAAUUAUUGGACACGUUCUUAUUCUUUAUACAAACCUAAAGAUUUUGUGACCCUUUUCACUUAUCUGAAAGGUAGAGAAAUGGGUUUAGUAUAAAGAUAGGAAGGAGGAUGGACCAGAAUAAAAACUGUAAAUAUUUUUUAACCUAAUAUCUUUUAAAUUGUGACAGGAAGAUAAUGAUAGACAUUCAAUGAAUUAUAUUCAGUGCAUUUUAAAAUAUUAUAAUUGACAGUACGAAAGCAUAGAUAUAGAACCUUGUUUAAGAGACUGGCUUUUUAAAAUAAACUUUUUUUUUUUUUUUUUAAAGAAAUGUUUCUUCCUCCAAAUGCUUAUUUUCUUGAGGAAAAUAUUACGUGUCUUCAUUUUCAUUAUCAAGAUUCAGUUUGGCCCUUCCUACUAUAAAUUGUGCACUGGGAUUUGUGUAUAUGGCUUAUUUUGAUUUUCCUCCUUACCUCUUACCUUUUAAUUGAUCAGAUGAUGAAUUGCAGAUGAUCAUGGUAACAGGACCGUAUUAUCACAUUAUAGUCAUCUAUUGAGAAUUGAAAUUAUCUUAAACUAUUCAAAAUAAAUAAUUUCUACAAACAAGAAGGAGGGGAAUUUUUUGAAACUCUCUCUGAAAGAAAGCAUUUUGAAACCAGAGCAGUUAAUCUUAAGGGCACAAUGAAAACUCCCUUUCUGUGCCCAAGUAUCAUGGCAGAUGCAGGAGGAAUUUUAGGGGAGAAGCCUGCUGUGAUUGUUGGCAGGCUUGGCUCCAGCAUGGACUCUGCCAUUUUCUAUGGACCUAACCUCUGUGUGCCUCUUUCCCCUUCUAUAAAAAUGAGGAUCACCCUUGAGUAGAGUAAUACAAGUGAAAAAUGGGGGGGGGGGGUGUAAACUGGGUGUAUAAGAUUAUUUUUCCCCAUCCCAGUUGUUAGGCUACGUCCACACAUAAGACCUUCCUUAGUCUUUUCCCGUUAGUUGAAUCUUGUUAGUGAAGUGAGGGGCUUUUGGUGCAGAUUGACCAGUGUUUAUUAGGAGGAAGGGUUCAGAAGUUGCUUUAUUCAAAGCAAAGGUUAAACACUGGCUCAAAGGUGGACUAAACAAACCGUUUAUCACCCAAUCCAACUCUGACUUUUUCCCACUGACGAUACAGGCUUAAGGGUUUAAUUCAAGAUCAAUUUUGGUGACAGAGCCAACACUAAAACCCAGUAUAGGCCUACUCAGCCAUCUAUUCUUUGUGAACGAUCCGCUAAUCCUCUCUGUGUUGCAGUGUUCAACACUGGAUGCAUCUGGGCUCUCUGACUGGGCAGUCUGUGUCCCUUGCUCCAUGUGAGGACGGACUAGACUUCCUCAGGUUUAUUUCAGUGGACACAGUUUCAGGGGCUGUUUUGGGAAAAUGGAGUAGCUGCCUAUCUUUGCUUUCCUCUGUUCCACACUCUGUAAGUCACAGAGAGAACAUACAGCUCUCUAGAUAGUUGUGCCCAAAGAGGCUUGGGACUGUUCGAGUACACUCUGAAAUAGCCUCUCAAUUCAAAGCUGGGAAAUUAUUUAAGAAACUGAUAGGUUGGACAAUUGCAGAUGAUCGUGGCAACAAGAGCAUAUUAUCACAUUACAGUCAUCUAUUGAGCAUUGAAAUUAUGUUACACUAUUCAAAAUAAAUAAUUUCUACAGAAAGUAUUCAGGAAAGGAUGACGCUAAAACAAAUUAUGGAAAAUUCAGGGAGGUAUUUUUAUCCCCAAUUUAAUCACAUUGGUGAACAAUCUCGUUCUUGGGGUGUGUGAAUUAUCAGGUGUGCAUCCCCCACCCCUCCUUAUGGUUGGAAAGGUGAGGAAAUUAACAGUAAACGCAUGGCUUGUUUUCCGAAUCAGUUCAGGCACUUGAAGAAAGAGGUUAAUGAUAGACUUCUGUCACUAUGAAAACUUGAUAAGGAAGUGAUGGCCCAAGCUUGCCUGGCUUGCCCACAUGUGAGCAGCUACGCCUACAUGAAGCAUCUAAGGAGGUUUCAAGCACAUCAUUCCUGAAAUGUGUCCUAGCUUUAGGGUCUUAGAUUCAGUCACCCUUUCCUCCAUGUAGUCUGGGCCAUAGUGACAGUCAUUCAAAUGAGAGUGAUUGGCAGAGUAUCUUUCUCCUCAGCUGAACAGCACUGAUCUACUUACUUUUUGGUGACCUUUACCUUGAUUUGCUAGAGGAGACUGGAAUUGCUAGCAGAGGAAUCACAGCCUGCUGGUUGCUUAACAGUAUAGACCAUCAGGAUUCAGAGGCUGUGUGACCUCAAGCCCACACAUCAGGUGUUUUCUUCUGUAAGGUGUUAAUAAUGAGCACUGUCCCCCACUAGGGUUAUCUUGAAGGUUGGCUGGUAUGGGACAGCUUGUGUUAAGCAAAGGCUUAAUAAAGUGUAAGCACUGGACUUAACAUCAAAAGUAGUACCUGGGAAAAAACUGAGCUCUUCUAAUUCCCAAGGUGGCUGGAGCCUUACUUGCAGAGGAUAGUUUGGGAGCGACUCUUAAAGAUAAGACUAUUAGCUAAAUGAUCGAAAACUCUAUUUUUGGAUCAGAUCCUCUUUUUAGUCUUAUAAAUGUAAUGGUCUUUGGUAAUGAAUGGAAACUGACACCUCAUGAGGUUGUUGCAUAUAUGUCUGGCUCUUUAAGUAAGGAGGAUUUGAAUCCCAAAGCCCUUGCUCUUUGUACACUGCCUCCACAAGGAAGAGACGCCUGACUAAUAACUGAUAAUCUUUUCCCUUCAAUAUUUGUAAUGAUUCUAAAAGAGCAGAAAUACAACCAGUAACCAGUCAUGAUUAAAGUCCUCUGUCCCUAGCAGUGUUCCUAAAUGUGAAUUGAAAGAUUGAUGAGCUUUUUAUUUUUCCCUACUACAUCAAUAAUGUGAUUUAAAUUAUAAAUUAUCAGUUGAUGGCUGAAUAAAUUGGCACAGCAUAUUGGCAAAGCAAUUUCAUAAUAUGUGUCAAAUACCAUGAGUUCACCUCAUUUCCCUAAGAAUUCCAGACUUGGAAUUUAUAUAAGAAAAUUAUGUUUCUUAUAUGGAUGGUUAUGCAGUCCUUAGGAUAUAUUCAUAGCACAAUGUUAAAUGAAAAAAGCAGAACGCAAACUACCAUGUGGGGGGGGUGCGCACAUGUGUAUGCACAGGGGAUAAAGGACACGCACAUACUAAUCAUUUCGUGAGCAUGGUAAAAUUAGAGGUAACUUUCUCUAUAUUUUCUCCACAUUCUAAAUUUUCUUGAUGUCACGGUUACUUUUAUACUAAAAGAAAAUAUUUUAUGAAGCACAUACUACUGGUUUACAGAGGAAAAAACAGUACCUUUGAUCUAGAAGGGUUCUGACAAGAGACACAACUCCUAAGAAAAUGAAGCUGAUGAUUAUUACAAACAGGUUUUUUUUUUUUUUCCUGCUUCAAGAAUUGCAUCUGGUGAAAGGGAGGUGAAUGAGAUGGAAGUCAAGAGCACAGUGGUCUCUAGCCAUAAUUUUGCUGGUCCUGGACAAAGCCGUGGAGUGUAGAGGACACGGGCCACCUGUGCCAACCAUCACUGCCUCCCUCCUGGAGACAGUGCUCUUGGGGACAGCAUUCCUGUGGUUCCCCUUCCCAUCAUCAUUCAGCUGCAAGUGAAUGUUUAACUCAGGAAGCCAGAGCAUUCUGCACUUAACGUUACAGUGUUACGGUUGUCGAGCAUUAUCUUACUGGAUCGGCAUCAGAAAAAAAUACUAUGAUGUCACAAAAAGUAGAGUUUGCUCGUCCACACAGGUAUUAUUUAUUUAUUAACGGUUAUUUAUUGGAUCCUUACUACUUCCCAAGCAUUGUUCUAGGCUUUGAGAACCCAGUCACAAACAAAAUGUCCUUCAAUGCAUCUUCCUAGUAGGGGGAAAGCAGACAGUGAACAGUAAGUUAUAAGGAGAAUAGCAAUCAAUAUUCAGAGAAGAGCAAUGGAUAUAAGAUCAGCCUUCGUUAAUUCACCUAAAUAGUAUUUUUUGGAGCCUGUUUCCUAGAUAGAAGGGAUAACAGUGACUAGAACCCAGUCCCUGGCACCCACAGCUUCCAGUCUAGUGGUGAAGACAGCACCUGGAGAAGUCUCUAACCCAAUCUCAGAAGGGCCUAAAAAGGACAAAGUAUAUACUCUUGAGCAAGUUAAUUUCUCUGCACCUCUUUGGUAAACUAAACGUAGUGAAAUUGUGAAUGUAGACUGCAUACAGUUGAGUGCACAGUAGUAUUAGUUGAACUCAUAGUAGUUUUAAAAAUUAAAUAGUGUCAGUUGUCAUCAACCAGAACAAUAAAGCACAUGUGGAAAUAUUUGUAUAGCUCAUCAGAGUGCAUAAAGGCCUUUCAAGUAUGUUCUAUCAUCUGAUUCAUCCAAAAUCCUAGGAUAUGGGUAUAAAUGAAAAAUACGGACCCUUUAACUGGGUCUUCAUCCUAGCAGGGCACUUCCCUCCCCCACCCCUGCUGUCAGAAGAGUGCAAAGCAAGACUGCAGACAGCUCAGCUGCUAGAUUAGGGCUGAAGGUUGUACUGGGUGGAAGUUUGGAAACACAAGAAUGAAAGAACUUGAAUCCUGGGUAAUCUUGAAGGGUGACUAGAGACCAAACCAAUCACUUGGAUCCUGCACCAAAAUGAGUAGAAUCGUCCUGUCCCCAAUGCAUUCACAAUCUGACUUAAAAUCCUUUUCCUUGGCUUUGGAAUUCAUAAUGUGAUUUCUUCACUUGUAGGAUUUCCUUUCCUAAUAUGCUUUACUGAUUCCAGAAUUAAAAGUUUGCAUUUCCUGAGCUUACUCUGGCCAGGUCCCAAGAGGAAGUGGCCAGCAGCCAUUAAGCCAGGGGGGGAAUUGGGCUGAGAUUAAAAGUCACCUGGUGUGCUGACAAUCUGUAUGUCCAUAAUUAUCAAGAGAAGGUUUAGAAUAGUUCUUGUCAUUGCAUUUUCUCUUUUCCUAUCUCAUUUUUUCCUCCUUGAGGCCAAAAGAAAAGUCUCCGGGUGCUUUUGUGUCUUUCAGGCCCUAUGUAUAUAUGCUUUUCAGAAUGGGAAUAACCCUUUUCCUUUUAAAUUUCAAGUGUUAUCUUGUUUCUCAAAUGCAAAUAAUGAGCCUAAACAGACCUGCAGUAGAGUUCUGAGAUUUGAAGGGCUCAUGUAAACUACCUGUGCCCCAGCCCCUCCCCACCUCUUCCCAUUCCCACCCCCACAUACCUCACUGGUUGCCCAAAUGUGUAGAUUGAACCCCUGUACUUACUGUUUCUCCUUGCAAUGCCCUACUUUUCUUUUCCCCUGCCAUAGGCUUGGUUUUUAACAGCCUCCCUGUCUUCUCACCACCUCCAAUCCAGCCUCAACACUGCUGCUAAAAUGAUUUUUCCUAAAAAGGCCAGAUUUUCAGCAGCUUUUAUAACUUCAAAUAAAAGCAAUAAAGAUAAGAAUAAUAAAACUCACCUAAUCACUCACACUGCUUUAAAUCCUGUAGUUUGAGAAUGAAGUCCAAACUCCUUAGCUUGACCCAGAGGGCCCUUCUUGAUUAGCUCCCACAUACCUCUGCAGCCUUACCUCCUGCCAGUCCUAGUCCUCACCCUGCUCUCCAGCCCAGGUGAAUUUCUUAAUUCCUUAAGUGCAGGACCUUGUUUCAGACUUCCCUGCUUUCCUACAAGGUGACUUGUGCCUGGAAACCCCUCCCUCCUUUCUCUGCACCAACUCCUAUCCACCCUUUGAAACUCGGUUCGUGUCUCCUUUUAUAGAAGGGCUUACCUGAUUCCUUUAAAAGUUUCACACACAUGAUUUCAUAUACUCCCAUAAUAACCCUUUUUUCCCCUGCUACCCUCUAUACUGCCCCUCUCCCCACGGGUAGCCACUAGGUGGUUCUCUAUGUCUGUGAGUCUGCUUUUUUGUUUUAUUCGCUAGUCUGUUGUAAUUUUUAGAUUCCACAUACAAGUGGUAACAUACAGUAUGCCUUUCUCUGUCUAACUUAUUUCACUUAGUAUAAUGCCCCUAGUCCAUCCAUGUUGCUCCACUUGGCAAAAUUUCAUUUUUACAGCUGAGUAGUAUUCCAUUGUAUAUAUAUAUACAUUCAUUUCUUUAUCCAUUCAUCUGUUGAUGGACACAGGUUGCUUCCAUAUCUUUUUUUUUUUAAUUUUUUGGCCAUACCACAGGGCAUUGGGGAUCUUAGUUCCCAGACCAGGGUUCAAACCCACGCCCCCUGCAGUAGAAGCACAGAAUCUCAACCACUGGACCACCAGGGAAGUCCCCAUAUCUUGAAAAUUGUAAAUAAUGCUGCUAUGAACAUCGGGGUUCAUGUAUUUUUUCGAAUUACUGUUUUUUCCAGAUAUAUACCCAGGAGUGGAAUUGCUGGGUCAUAUGGUAGUUCUAUUUUUAGUUUUUUGAUAAAUCCCCAUACUGUUUUCCACAGUGGCAGCCCCAAUUUGUUUUAGUGCCUCUAUGUCUACAGUGCAGUUAGAGUAUGAAUCUUAGUGUCAAAUCCCAGGUCUCUGGGUACAAAGUCCAGAUAGACCACUUAUUAACUCUGGGUCCUUAAGUUAUUUAACCUCUACAUCUCAGUUCCUAUAUCUGUAAAAUGGGACUAAUAAAUAGAACUUACCUUAUAGGGUUGCUAUGAGGAUUAAACAUGACAACAACUAUAAAAUCUUUAGCAUACUUCCUGACACAGAAUAAAUGCUCAAUACGUAUUAUCACUACCUCUGUCAUAAAUAGUUCUUACCACUGAAGCAUAAUUUUCAAAAUAGUAAAAUCAUGACAUACAGAAAUAAAGUUAACAUGUUUAUAUAACUCAUUAAGUAAGGAAAGAACCAGUAUAGACAACUAAUGAGAACAUACUGUAUAGCAAGGGAACCCUACUUAAUGCACUGUGGUGACCUAAAUGGGAGGGAAAUCCACAAAGGAGGGGAUAUAUGUAUGUGUGUGGCUGAUUCAUUUUGCUGUGCAGUAGAAACUAACACAACAUUGUAAAGCAACUAUACUGCAAUAAAAGUUAAUUAAAAAUAAAAUGUAAAUA